UGAGUUUCUUUUGGAUGUGUUCAAAUAUAUUCAAUAAUUUUGUGACUGUUUGUUUAUUUAACGUUAAUAAAAUUAAAAAAAUAAGAAAAUUUUCAUUCAAUAUUUGUGUUUUGAAGUGUCAACCAGAAAAUGGAUGCAAAAACCCGUAGUGCUACCAAAGGAGCAAAAACUCCACUGCCAUCUGAGAAGAAAAAGUUACAGGACCAGAAACUUUCCGCAGAUGAAAAGUCAUGUAUAGCCGAAUUGAAGAAAUUGUAUUUGGAAACAAUAAAACUAGAUGUAGACUUGCAGCGCGAAAUCUACAAUCUUGAAAAAUCAUUCGAGAAGAAACACAAUGCAAUUUUUGAUAAACGCACUAAACUAUUAGACGAUUUCAAAAAUGUAGCCAAGGGUGGAGAUGCAAAAGAUGAAGGUCACAACAUUAACAAUUUCUGGCUGAAGGUCUUAAAAUCAUCCUAUACGGAAUUUAUAAGUAAAAGGGAUGAGAAAAUAUUGGUGCAUUUAAGCGAUAUACGUUCAAAACUUUAUAAUGAACCGGACGUAAAAUUCGUUAUUGAAUUUUUAUUUGAGCCCAAUGAAUAUUUUUCUAAUCGCAUUUUAACUAAAACAUAUUUCCUUAACUGUUUGCCGGAUAUGGAUAACCCUUUGUCUUAUGAUGGGGCCGAGAUCUAUAAAUGUGAGGGUUGUGAGAUUGAUUGGAAGCAGGGAUAUAAGGAACAUGAUAAAAAAAGUUUGACUUCAUUUUUCGAUUUUUUUGAUCCACCUACACUACCUGAUAAUACCGAAGAUCCUACUUAUGCUGAUAUUAAUGUAAUUUUACAAAAUGAUUUCGAAUUGGGUUUCUAUUUGAAAGAACGUGUUAUACCCAAGGCUGUAAUGUUUUUCACCGGCGAAAUAGCCGAUUGCCUAAGUUCUGAUUCGGAAUCUGAUACCGAUGAUGAGGACACCGAAGGCAAUCCAACUUCUGAAUGUUUCCCAGCAGCUAAAUAAUUAAAACAAAAUCUUUAAAUUAAUGCUAAUUAUACAUAUAUAUAGAGAUUACAAACUUUAUUAUAAUUAUAAUCAUAAAUCUGAAAUUAUUUUGAUUUUAGGACAUCUUCCAAUUACUUUACAUAAUUUUUUUUGUUGAUUUUGUAACGGUUUCAAAA